AAAAUUCAUCAUUUUGGGUGUUUUUGUCAAGAGAACUGUCAAAAAGAUAAUUUCAAUCAGAAAUGUCAUUUUUUAAUAGAUAAUACAUAUAUAUUUAUUGGUCGAAUAAAGUGUUAUGUCUGAUAAAGUGUUUAAAGGUGAAAAAGAAUUACGAGGAGUUUGUCAAUAAAUAUUUCGAAACAUAGUAAAAUUCUCUGAAUAUCAAAAUAUAUCGUAAUAAAACUAAAUAAUUUAUCAAAUUUAUUUAUUUUGUAAAAAAAAAAUUAACAAUGGCUUGUCUUCUUUUAAAUCAAGACGAUAUGCAUAUAAAAAUUCCAUCAAGUGAAACUGUUGACAAUGUUACUUUUUACACAAUUGAGGUUAGAAUCGCUACUAUUCAAUGGACCGUAAAACACAGAUAUAGUGAAUUUGCUGAACUUAAUGAAAUUCUAGUUUCGGAGCAUUGUGUAGAAAAAGAUAUUCUACCGCCAAAGAAAUUAAUUGGAAAUAAAAAUGAAAUAUUUGUUGAAAAACGAAGAGUUGGAUUAGAAAUUUAUUUGAAUGCUGUUUAUAAUUAUUUGAAAAAAGCAAUGCCACGGGAAUUGGCAAUUUUUCUCGAUUUACAUGUUUAUGAUAUUUUCUUUUUACUACAAAAUAUGGCAUUACAAUUUUUCACCGAAGGCGAUUUAUUACUGCAAUCAUCCAAAAGUUAUACAUUUAAUCCCGUUCAGCUUUACGCAAUCAGUGAAAGACUAAAACAUCCCUGUCCAUCAUUGGAAGUAGUCGACAAAAAAUAUGACUUUAGUCAUGUACUCGAAUUAAAUUCUCAUUUAACAACAUUAAUAAUACAAGGAAGUUGGAUUUAUUACGGUACAAGUAAUAUUCUUCCAUCAUCAUUGAAUGUUGAAUUGACAAAUUUUAAAAAUGUGGAAAAUUUAACAAUCAAUAAUUUUCCAGUUGAUAAAAUUUAUAAUAUGGGAACACUUCGCGAUACGGUAAAAAUUCUUAAUAUUCAUAAUACAGAAUUAAAAAAUAUCGUUGAAUUAGCAAUGUGUGAAGAAGUACAUAAACAUAUUGACAGCGCAAAUGAUUCACAUGUAUGGUUAAAAAUAAUAAAUUUAGAUUUAAGUAACAAUCAAAUUGAAAUAAUUGACGAGGCAAUUAAAUUAAUGCCACAUAUUGAAUUUUUAACAUUAAACAAUAAUAGACUUACGGAAAUUUCUAAUGUUACACUAUUACCACGUUUAUCACAAUUAUCAUUAAAUUCAAAUAAUUUUCAUUCAUUACCCGAGGAUUUACAUAUAAAAUUAGGUAAAAUUGUACAAUUGGAUUUAUCGCAAAAUUAUUUAACAUCAUUGGCAAGUUUUGCGAAACUUUAUUGUUUAGAAGGAUUGGACGUGAGUUGUAAUAGAAUUGAAAAUAUUGAGGAAGUGAAAUUUAUUGGUAAUCUUCCUUGUUUGGAGAAUUUACGAUUAACUGGAAAUCCAGUAUCGACAAUUGUCGAUUAUAGAGUGAAAGUUCUUGAACCAUUUGGAAAACGUGCGGCUGAUAUUUGUUUAGAUAAUGAGAAACCAAAUCAAAAGGAACUCGAUACUGUUUCAAUUUUACAAGCAUUAAGAAUUGCAAGAGAAGGUAAAUCACCAAUGUUUAGUGGAACUGAUGCUCCAUUAUUUUCAGCUGAAAUUCCAACUAUUUGAGAUUCGGCGAAUGAGGAACGAGGUGGAAUUUUAUAAUUUUUUUUUUUCCCCCAAAAAAAAAUUAUCGAUUUUCGUCUUCCAAAGAAGUAGAAAAUCAUAUUAUGAACAAAAAUAAUUUAAAAAAUUUAAUUUAAAAAAAAAAUUAAUUUAAAUUUUAUUAUUAUUAUAAUUAUUUUACAAGAAUUUAUAGAAAUUCUAUAUAUAGAAAUGUAAAUAAAUUUGUAAAUAAUUCAUUUAGUUUUGGGUUUUAGGAAACAUAUAUUGAAAAAAAAAAAUAUUAAUUAAUAAAUAUUUUAAAUCGAAAUAACCCAAGACUGAUGUAAUUUAUAUUUUCGAAAAUUUCACGAAAAAAAAAAAAAUGUUUGUUAAUUGAUAAAUUAACAUUUUAAACUAAUAU